ACUAAUUUAUUUUUUACCAAUCAGCUGGUGACAAUAGCGUCACGGAUGCAAAUGUCAAAACAUUUGCGAGAAAAAUACUGUAAAAUAUAAACGCAAAAGUCGUUAAAAUAUCAGAAGAACUUGAUAAUAAAAGUCAAAAGCAUGGCUUCCACGGUAGAAAAGGAAAAUGGGGUAAUAAGAAGUGUUGAUUCAACCAUAAAAGAAACUGAAAAUUAUAAUGCAGAUGAAUCAGGUUUUGUUGAUGAGUUUGGGGCUACUAGUCCUGGAAAUAAAAUUUUCGAUUCAAUGAAUGCAAAUCAUUCUUCAUGCUUGAUUGAAAGUGGCGAUAUGUCCACAAGUGUGAUUGCAACCUCUGACAAUUCUCAGGUAACAGAAACAGGCCUUAAGAAAGAUGACAGUGGAAUCUUCUCUGAGAAGUCUCCAAAUGUCAACAAUAGUGACUGUGACAUUAGUGAAAACAUGAGUGAAUUUGGGGAUGAAAAUGGCUCAGAGAGCUUUAAAAAGAUAGGUCCAACUGUAUCAGAAAAUGUUUUCAACUCAGUUGAAAAAUCAUCCAAUAAAACACGUAGACAAAUUAUAGAUGUGGCUGAAAUUGAUAAUGAAACUGACAAUGUUGACAGUUUAGACGGCAACUCAAAUGUGAUAAGUGAAUGUAAUUCAUCAAAAGACCAACCUUUACAGUCAAAUGAUGAUCAUGAUAGUGAUAGUGACUUUGCAGAGUUUGUGAAGGCAGUGAGGAAAAAGUCAAGCAAUAAUGAAACAGAUGUAAACGAAGAACUUGAUGCUGAUGAUUUUGAAAAUAAAACAAGUAAUGUAAAACAGGAUAGCAAACGUUUAAGAAACUACCGAAAAAGGAAACAAGCAUCAGAUUCAGAAGAUACACAUGAGGAGACAAAUGAUGGCGAACCUGUGUUGUUAAGACAUUCGGAACUGACUGAAUCUGCUGGAAAUCAAGUUGUCACACUUUCAGACUUGGGAAGUGAUACAGAUAGCACCGAUGAAGAUGAGGACAGGUUCAAAACUAAGUCAGAGUCCUCAGAGUCAGAACCAGAAGAAUCUCCUUUGGAAGUGAGUAAGUUUGGGCCACCAAGACAUAAGUGGAAAGCAUUAUUUGACAUAAGAAAGAGAGAGUUGGGGUGCUCACCUUUGAUUGACACUGGUUGUUUCGCUCGCAAAGUGCAAGGAAGCUUGCAGAUGGUGCAGAGGUUUGAACUUCAGUACAAAAUGGAGCUCCAUGAAGGAUGUGUGAAUGCCCUCAGCUUUAACAAAUCAGGCACAUUACUGUCCAGUGGCUCAGAUGACCUGAAGGUGGUUGUCUGGAACUGGAUACAGAACCGCCCUGCCCUGGCCUACAACAGUGGGCACCACAGCAAUGUGUUCCAGACCAAGUUCAUGCCAUUUAGCGGUGACUGCCAUGUGGUGAGCUGCGCACGCGAUGGCCAGGUCAGACUAGCAGACCUAUCAGCCACAGGGGUCUGUAAGGCUACAAAGAAACUAGCCCAGCACAAGGGAGCUGCUCAUAAGCUCUCUCUGGAGCAUGACUCCGCCCACACUGUGCUGAGUGCAGGGGAGGAUGCUGUCACCUUUGAGAUCGAUCUCAGGCAGGACAAGCCCAACAAACUUGUGACAACCAAGGAGAAUGAGAAGAAGGUGUCCAUCUACUCCAUCCAUUCCAACCCGGUCAACUCUAAUGAGUUUUGUCUGGGCGGACGAGACAAUUUUGUCAGAGUCUACGAUAAAAGAAAGAUCAAUGAGGCAGUAAAUGAUGGUCUCUUGAAACGGUUUUCUCCACAUCAUAUUUCCGCGAUAGAGAACAGUCAUAUGAAGGCUAAUGUGACGUGUGCUUGCUACAACUACAAUGGAACAGAACUAAUUGGAACUUACAACGACGAAGACAUCUACCUGUUCAGCAACGAGCACUCAGGCGAUUCAGACUUUGUUCACCGUUACCGCGGUCACCGUAACAACCAGACCGUUAAAGGGGUCAACUUCUAUGGCUCAAAGAGCGAGUUCAUUGUGAGUGGCAGUGACUGUGGACACAUCUUCCUGUGGGACAAGGAGACAGAGAAUAUUGUACAGCACAUGCACGGCGAUGAUGGUGGUGUGAUCAAUGUUUUGGAGCCGCAUCCCCAUUUCCCCGUGCUGGCCACCAGUGGUCUGGAUCAUGACGUGAAAAUAUGGGCACCAACCAGCAGAGAGCCCACACAGUUGAAAGGAAUCAGGAAGGCUAUAAAGCGUAACCAUAGGGAGAGAGAGGAAGAGCGUAGCAGUGAAGGCACCAUGAUUGACAGUUCCAUGCUGUGGUUCAUCAUGCGCCACCUGCGCCAAGGUCGCCAGCGCCGAGCCCGCGCAGCCAGGAGGGAGCAAGACAACGCUGACACUGACUCUUCCGAAGAUGAUGAUUCUGAUGAGGAUGAGGAGGAAAACUCCAUGGAUGGGGAUUCAGACAGCGAUGAUGGUGAUCCGAGAAAUCCAAUGACGUGCAGCCCAUCAUAGAUGCAACAUUAGCUGACGGGACAUUCUUGAUACUUGCCGUACUGAUAUGAUGGGUGUCAUUGUUAUAUGAAUUUGUUAUCACAUAUGUUAAUGUCAAGAUUUAGUUGAUGUAUAGAAAACGUGAUAUGCAAACUUGCAUUGAAAUACAUUAAAAGUAAAUAUUGAAUGUGCAUUUGCGAUUGCAUACAUGUAAUUGUGUUAAAUGUGCGGUAUAUUAAGACAUAUGGAGUUGUUCAAUGGUGAUAGUGAUAUAUGUUUGUGUUAUUAAUUUGUAAAUACUAGUUUUCAAGUUUCUGUCUAUAAGGGCCAUGUUUACAUGUAAACUAUCUUUUGGAAGUUGUAUACAUGGUUUUGAUUUGAGUUUGAUUGUCCUAUACAUUUGUAUGUUGUCAUAAUUUUUGUAUCUCUAAAUGCAUAAAGGGUAUACUUAUAAAUGUAACAAACACGAAAAUUUGCUAUUAAUUUCUCAUUGUUUAAAAAGAAACAGGAAAAGACUAGUGAAAUCGUUUAACAAAUCAUGUACUUGUUUAUCUAACAUGACAAUGAAGGAGUGGUUUUCAAAAUUAUCUUAGAACAAGCAUAUGUAAACUUGUAAAUAUAUUUAAGUAUAUUCUAUCAAAUCUCAUGUAAGUUGUUUGUUGAUCUGUUAUUGACUAAUUUGAUUCUUGCAAUUUAUACCAGAGCUUAUGAUUGAUCUAUUGCUAUUCCCUGAUGCCUUCAUAGCUGGUAUUUAGGAAUGAAAACCAGGGUGCUGUCUAUUUAAAGCUUUAACCUUUUUUCAGAUUUUUUUAUGCCCCCCUUCGAAGAAGAAGGGGUAUAUUGUUUUGCACGUCGGUUGGUCGGUCGGUCCGUCCGCCCACCAGAUGGUUUCCAGAUCAAAAUCAAGAACGCUUAGGCCUUGGAUCAUGAAAUUUCGAAAUAGUAAAACGGUUUCCGAAUGAUAACUCAAGAACGCUUACGCCUAGGAUCAUGAAUCUUCAUAAGGACAAUGAAUAUGACUCGCAGAUGACCCCUAUUGAUUUUCAGGUCACUAGGUCAAAGGUCAAGGUCACAGUGACUCGAAAUAGAAAAAUGGUUUCCCGAUGAUAACUCAAGAACGCAUACGCCUAGGAUCAUGAAACUUAAUAGGUACAUUGAUCAUGACUCGCAGAUGACCUCUAUUGAUUUUCAGGUCACUAGGUCAAAGGUCAAGGUCACAGUGACUAGACACAGAAAAAUGGUUUCCGGAUUAUAACUCAAGAACGCUUACGCCUAGGAUCAUGAAACUUCAUAGGUACAUUGAUUAUGACUGGCAAAUGACCCCUAUCGAUGUUCAGGUCACUAGGUCAAAUGUCAAGGUCACGGUGACUCGACACAGUAAAAUGGUUUCCGGAUGAUUACUCAAGAAAGCUUAUGCCUAGGAUCAUCAAACUGCAUAGGUACAUUGAUCAUGACUGGCAGGUGACACCUAUCAAUUCUCAGGUCACUAGGUCAAAGGUCAAGGUCACAGUGACUCUAAACAGUAAAAUGGUUUCCUGAUGAUAACUCAAGAAUAAUUAGGCCUAGGAUCAUGAAACUUCAUAGGUACAUUGAUCAUGACUGGCAGAUUUUCAAGUCACUAGGUCAAAGGUCGAGUUCACAGUGACAAAAAGCGUAUUCACACAAUGGCUGCCACUACAACUGACAGCCCAUAUGGGGGGCAUGCAUGUUUUACAAACAGCCCUUGUUUAAUCUCAAACUUUUAUACUUAGGAAAUUAAAAGUUAGACAUACUGUUUCAUCUCUGCUGAUGAUGCUUACUAUUAUUAUGCCCCCAUUUGAAGAAGAGGGGGUAUAUUGUUUUGCACAUGUCGGUCGGUCCGUCAGUCGGUCCGUCCACCAGAUGGUUUCCGGAUGAUAACUCAAGAACGCUUAGGCCUAGGAUCAUGAAACUUCAUAGGUACAUUGAUCAUGACUGGCAGAUGACCCCUAUUGAUUUUCAGGUCACUUGGUCAAAGGUCAAGGUCACAAUGACUCGAAAUAGUAAAAUGGUUUCCAGAUGAUAACUCAAGAAUGCUUAGGCCUAGGAUCAUGAAACUUCAUAGGUACAUUGAUCAUGACUCACAGAUGACCCCUAUUGAUUUUCAGGUCACUAGGUGAAAGGUCAAGGUCACAAUGACUCGAAAUAGUAAAAUGGUUUCCGGAUGAUAACUCAAGAAUGCUUAGGCCUAGGAUCAUGAAACUUCAAAGGUACAUUGAUCAUGACUGGCAGAUGAUCCCUAUUAAUUUAGGUCACUAGGUCAAAGGUCAAGGUCACAGUGACCCGAAACAGCAUAAUGAUUUCCUGAUGAUAACUCAAGAAUAAUUAGGCCUAGGAUCAUGAAACUUCAUAGGUACAUUGAUCAUGACUGGCAGAUGAACCCUUUUGAUUUUCAGGUCACUAGGUUAAAGGUCAAUGUCACAGUGACAAAAACGUAUUCACACAAUGGCUGCCACUACAACUGACAGCCCAUAUGGGGGGCAUACAUGUUUUACAAACAGCCCUUGUUCUUCUUUAAAAUACUUUUUAUUUUGUAUUCAUAUUUCCAUAAUAUUGUUUAAUGAGAAAGGUCCCCGAAGGACUAACUACAUUUGAAAUAUAUUGCAGUUGUUGUCUUCCAUUAUUUAGACCUCACAGUAUGUAUUAUUUCCAGUGUCUAUUCUAGGCUUCGGAUUCGCGGGAUUUUAAGCACAACAUGCUCAUGGUGAGCUUUUGCGAUUGCUGUUUGUCCAUCUAGCGUCGUGCCUCAUCAACAUUUAUCUUGUUAAAACUCUAGAGGCCACAUUUAUUGUACAAACAGUUUGAAAAUGAUACUGGUUCGUUAAAAACACAUGGGGGCUAUAGAAAAACCAUGUUAACGCUCUAGAAGUACAAUUUAUUGUCAGAUCUUCAAGAAACUUCAGCAGAACUUUAGUUCUAAUCAUAUCUUAGAUAAGUUAGAUAAGUUAGAAAAUGGUCCUGCUCUGUUGAAAACAGGGCCGCCACUGGGUAGGGCGUUUGUCCUUAUAUGGCUGUAGUAAAACCUUGUAAACCUUUAAGAAGCCACUUUUAUGUCCAAUUUUUUUUAAACAUGGUCAGAACACAUGUCCCCUUGCUAUCUUGGACAAGUUGGAAAAUGGCUGGCUAUGCCACUCAUGAAUGUUCAUGGCAGAAAAUUGCAGACAAUUAAGUUUUUAAUAUCGUAUCAUAGUAUAUAGUUCCAUGAUAGACAUGCAGAUCAGUAAAUAUUUUUUUUAUUAUUAAUUUAAAUGAUACCAUAAUAUCUUGUGAAAACUUUUUUUAGUCAUGUCAGUGCAAUAUUAUUGAAAGUGAUGUGAUAUUUAACAGAAGUAACCACAAUUUUUUCACUGAACUGAUGGUAUAUAAUUUUAUUUAAAAUGCUCAGAUAAAAACAUUUAAUAUACAAACUAAAAUGUGUUGCUGCAACCUGUUUCUGAAAAAUCCCUCAAAUUUUAAAGGUGUUGGGGGGAGGGGGGGGGGGUAGGAUUUGCUUCUGUUGCGAUAUUUUAGUUUUCUAUAAUAGAAUCAUAGCCAGCACGUCGUCCGCCGUCCGCGUCGUGCUAAAACCUUUACAUUUCGUUAAGGUUAUGAACAUUGGCUCUAAAAUCAAAUUGCUUCAACCUACAACUUUGAAACUUCAUAUGUAGAUGCACCUUGAUGAGUUCUACACGCCACACCCAUUUUUGGGUCACUAGGUUAAAGGUCAAGGUCACUGUGACCUUUAAAAAAAUUUCUUCUCACAAGCUUUCAUUUAUUCAAAACAGCACCCGUAGCCGAGUGUGGCACCUGUUAUGCGGUGCUCUUGUUUAUAUCUGUCUUUGCUAUCGUGUACCGAUCACUUUCUUCUUCUUGGUAUCACUUAAAUUGUACCACAGAGUUAUAAGAAUGCACAUCAUGCAAACAUGUUCAUGAAAGUUAACAUUGAAAAUAAAUGCCAUGAUCAUUUCAGUUCCAUCCUGUUAGUUGCAUGCAUUGGUUUUUAUGUUGCAAAAUUUGAUCAUUUGUCUGCUGCCUACCGGACUUUGUUCAAUUUAGCUUGCUACUUCCUAGACUGAAGGUUCAUAUACAUGUAGUUUGUUUUAUUUAAAGGUAAAACUUUUGUAAAAUAUGACCUUGAUGCGCAUUAUGAUAAAAAAAAUUCAGAAGUAAAAAUCGAGGGUUGAGCAUGAAAGUUGUGUACCGGGUAAAGGUACUUACUAUAUGAGAUAAAGCAGUUUUUUGCCAAACCUUGGAAACGCCUGUCAUGGUACUGUUAUAAUUGUUUGUUCAUUCUCAUCUGUUCUUACCUUAUUGUGUCAAUGUGACGGUAAUCAUGCAUAUAACCCUGUGAGGUAAAUCAUGCAAAGUAGCAGUAGGGUCUUAUUAAAUGUGGAUGUUAAAAGGUAUGAUUUUGAAGAACAAAAUAAAAUUGUUGCAAAUCA